GAAACGCCGAAGCGGCCAUGAAGGCAGGAGCAACAUCCAUGUGGGCUUCCUGUUGUGGGUUGCUGAAUGAAGUCAUGGGCACCGGAGCUGUUCGUGGUCAGCAGUCUGGAUUUGGAGGUGGAACAAACCCAUUUAGGUUUACACCAAACACCGAUUUCACUGUGUACACAUCUUCAGCAGCAGGAGGAGCCAAUAUAGUUUGCAAAGCGUGUGGCCUUUCAUUCUCAGUGUUCAGGAAAAAGCACGUGUGUUGUGAGUGCAAGAAGGACUUCUGCUCUGUGUGUUCAGUCUUGCAAGAGAACCUGCGAAGAUGCUCCACCUGUCAGUUGUUGCAGGAUACAGCAUUUCAGCGGCCCCAGCUGAUGCGUUUGAAAAUAAAAGAUCUGCGCCAGUAUCUGGUUCUUAGGAAUAUCCCGACAGAUACCUGUCGAGAAAAGGAAGACUUGGUGGACCUUGUCAUGUGCCAUCAUGGGUUGGCUUCUGCGGAGGAUACAGACACUGGCAGCUUGUAUACGGCACGCUCACAGACUGCUAGUUUUUCUGCACAUCCCAUGCCUCUGUCAGGAUCUGGGUCAUCCUCUCAGGGUGAGCUUGCAAAUAGGCACGAGAGCACAGGAAACGAAGUUCAGGUACAGGGACAAAAUGAGAGACUGUUGGCAGACCCUGGCGAAGAGGAGGAGAAGGCAGAUGAGCAGAUUCCAGGACAGUCCAGAAAGCGUGCACGGGCCUCACUCUCUGAUCUUUCAAGCCUGGACGAGAUUGAAGGCUUAACCGUCCGCCAGUUGAAGGAAAUACUGGCUCGGAAUUUCGUUAACUACUCAGGAUGCUGUGAAAAAUGGGAGCUGGUGGAGAAAGUGAGCCGGCUGUAUAGGGAGACAGAGGCCAAUCACAGGACCCCAGAAGGAGAGAAGACUCCAUUGAAUGACGAGGACGACAACCUCUGCAGGAUCUGCAUGGAUGCCGUCAUUGAUUGUGUGCUGCUGGAGUGUGGCCACAUGGUCACGUGCACCAAGUGUGGCAAGCGCAUGAGCGAAUGUCCCAUCUGCCGCCAGUAUGUUGUACGAGCUGUGCACGUGUUCAAGUCAUGAAUGGCGGAGACCGGAGCUGGAGGUUUCCCGCCAUGCUUUCUUCUACAGGGUGGGUGCAGGCCUCAGCCG